AUGCCCAAUACAGCUCCUCCUUCCAACACUACAGAAGGCGACUGGAAACUUGCAUCUAAUGGACAGCACUACACUUUUACCAAACCUUUGCAAAAAUCCGAUAACGAUGAUAGAGAUUAUCGGUUAAUUCGCAUAGCCAGCAACGACCUGCAAGUGCUUUUAAUUCGCGACAAGGACACAGACAAGGCUAGUGCUGCUCUCGAUGUGCACGUUGGUCAUUUGAGCGAUCCGCAUGAUCUACAAGGACUGGCUCAUUUCUGUGAACAUUUGUUGUUUAUGGGAACGGAAAAAUAUCCAAAGGAGAAUGACUACAACCAAUACUUGUCAGAGCAUUCGGGUCAUUCAAAUGCCUUUACCGGCAUGGAAAACACAAAUUAUUACUUUGAGGUUGGCCAGGAAUGGCUGGAGGGAGCUCUUGAUCGCUUUGCCCAGUUUUUUAUCAGUCCAUUGUUUUCUGACAGUUGUACUGAGCGAGAGCUCAAAGCUGUUGAUUCCGAGCAUAAGAAAAAUUUGCAGUCGGAUAGCUGGCGAAUUUUCCAGCUAGAAAAAUCUCUGAGCAAUCCCAAUCACCCAUACUGCCAUUUUGGAACGGGUAACCUGGAAACUCUAUUAGAGAACCCGAAAAGGUUGGGUUUGGACAUACGAGAUGAGCUAUUAAAGUUUCACGACAAGUAUUAUUCUGCGAAUAUCAUGAAGCUUUGUAUUCUAGGACGAGAAUCAUUGGAUCAAAUGACCACAUGGGCUGUUGAAAAGUUUACCAAUGUUAGAAACAAAAGCAUCGCUCCACCUGCGUUUGAGGGACAUGCCUUGACGUCGAAUGAGUUGAUGAAAACCAUCUUUGUCAAGCCUGUCAAGGAUGUUCGUUCAUUGGAUAUGACCUUUCCAUUCCCUGAUCAGCAUCCAUUGUUUCGAGUGCAGCCUGGAAGAUACCUCUCACAUCUGAUAGGUCACGAAGGCCCUGGGUCUAUCCUAUCCUUUUUGAAGAAGAAGGGAUGGGCAAACUACCUCCAAGUGGGUACAACCCAUGGUGGUAUUGGAUUCGAAUUUUUCAGAAUCAGUGUGGAUUUGACGGAAGAAGGUCUCGCAAAUUACGAAUCGGUUUUGGUCACCAUCUUCCAGUACAUCCACAUGCUCAAGAAACAUGGUGUUGAAAAGAACAUAUUUGACGAAGUGCAAUCACUUGCAUCGUUGGCUUUCCGCUUCAAGGAAAAGUACCCGCCUUCACAAUACACAUCUCGGUUGGCUGGGUUGAUGCAACAUGAAUAUCCUCCUCAAUUUGUUCUCAGUGGACCUAGCUUAAUUCAUGACUAUGAUCCUGAUCUUAUUAUGGAGAACUUGGGAUACUUGGAAGACAACAAUUUCCGCGUCACCCUCACUAGCCAAAAGUUCCCCAACGAUGUCAAGCCCACCCAGAAGGAACGUUGGUAUAGCACAGAAUAUGAAGUGUUAGAUAUUCAGCAAGAUUUGAAAAAGAAAAUUGGCUCUUGCGGACUGAACGACGCCUUCCAUUUGCCUGAAAAGAACGAGUUUAUUCCUACCGACUUUGAGACCAACAAGAUUCCCAUUGACACUCCACAAAAGAUGCCCAGUCUCAUUGUUAAUUCUUCCAGCUUGCGUCUGUGGCAUAAAAAGGACGACACCUUCUGGCUUCCCAAAGCGAAUGUUUGGAUUUUGUUCCGCAACCCACUGGCUUACGCUACACCCAGUAACUGUGUGAAGACGAGACUGUAUACAGAUUUGCUCAAGGACUCCUUGAAUGAAUACUCUUACGACGCUGAGGUGGCGGGACUGCAUUACAACAUUGAAAACCAACUUGAAGGAAUGCUGCUUGGUAUUGGAGGUUACAACGACAAAUUGCCCGUGUUGUUGGAGCGUGUAGUUGCCAAAAUGAAAGAUUUCCAGGUGGAUAAUGAGCGCUUCAACCUUGUCAAGGACCAGCUCUCCCGCUCGUACAAAAACUUUAGCUUGGAGCCUCCUUACCAACAUGCUCUCUACUACUUGUCAUAUGCAACCCAGGACAAAAUGUGGACACAUGACGAAAAGCUGGGUGAAUUAGAUGCCAUCACUGCAAAGGAUAUUCAAGAUUUUUAUCCCAACCUGAUUUCGCAUCUCCAUUUGGAAGCACUUGCUCAUGGCAAUGUUACAGAACAAGACGCAAGACAUAUGCUGACGAUUGUGCAAGGUAUUCUACAGCCCAAGACACUCCUUGCCAGCCAAUUGACCAGCCAUCGCAGUGUACUCUUGCCAGCCGGUAGCAAAUAUGUGUACCAGCGCCAGGUGUCUGACCCAGAAAACGUCAACUCUGCCCUCGAAUACUACGCACAGGUCGGAAAUGUGACUGAAAUUCCUAGACGUGCUCGUCUCAGCUUGUUGGCUCAGAUCGCUCAGGAGCCAUGCUUCGAUCAGCUGCGAACCAAGGAGCAACUUGGUUAUCUUGUGUUUAGUGGACUUCGUAAGCAAACUGGCAACAUGGGACUUCGGUUUAUCAUUCAGAGCGAGCAAAAUACGGUGUAUCUGGAAAACCGCGUUGAAGAAUUCUUGAUCAAGCUUCGACAGCUGAUUGAGGACAUGUCAGAAGAUGAGUACAAGUCUCAAGUGAAGUCGCUGAUUUCCAAGAAGCUAGAGAAGGACAAGAACCUAGGCCAAGAAGGAGGCAAAUACUGGGCCCAUAUUCAUUCUGGUUAUUACGAAUUCGAUCAAGUGGAUACCGACGUGAAGGAGCUUCAAACCAUCGGCAAGAGCUCUCUGUUGGAGUUUGUUGACAAGUAUAUUAUGCCGUCGUCGCCUGAUUCGCGAAAAAUUUCCGUCCAUCUGCAAUCUCAAAAGGUGCUGCCCAAGAAGGAGAGCCACAAGGUCAACAUCGAGUCCCUUCAUACAUGCUUGACCUCCCAAGGCGUGACUCGUUUGAGCAUGGAUGAUCUCCGAACUGCCAUGGAACAAGGGGAAGAAGUGGGUGGCUCGGCCGAAGCCAUCUUGCGAAAGCUCUUGAUUGAUGAAAGCAAGGCAGAAGAGAGCGAGAUUGAAGCUUUGAUGGCCAAGGUGAUGGGAGCUUUGAACAUCAAUGGUGCUGUGAACGGCACUCUGGUCAGUGUGGAUAGCAAGAAGACGGCCAGAAGGUUGUCCCUUGUGGAUGGUCAACCCCCUGCUCAACAAGAAGCUGUCAAACACACAAGAGACCAUACCAAACUACCCAGUGGAAAUGUCCGCAUUCAGGAUCUUGUUGAGUUCAAGAGCAAGAUGGAAUUGAGUGCUGCAGCUAUUCCACUUACGAAAUUUGAGGACUUGUACAAACAAACUUGA